CGGUUUGCAGAGGAAGGUUGAGCUCAUCGAUCAGAGGAUGUGGAUCUAUCGCAGCAUCCUGUGUGUGUCUCUGGUUUGGGGUCUGGCUCUGGACUCAAACACCAUCAGAUCCUCCAAAGAAGCAACGCUGCAGAGCUCCGAGCUGCCGAGGGGGGGCUGCAGUAACAGAGCUGAGAGGAGACGCUCCAGCCCGGACAGGCAGACGGACCGACACCAAGUCAAAGACAGAUUCACCGGCAGCCUCAACGGAACCAAAGGUCCGGAGAUGUCCAGCUGUGUCCGCUCCGGCGACUGCGCCGCCGGCCUCUGCUGUGUCCGGUACCUGACGGGGAAACGGUGCCAGCGGAUCCCGCUGGAGGGCGAGGCCUGCCUCCUGCGCGGCGCCUCCAAGCUGCGCAGGAACCUGGGCCGCUGCGACUGCUCCGCCGGGCUGUCCUGCGCCGCGGCGGGCGGGCCGGACCAGGCUAAGAACAAGCGGCAAGGAGUGUGUGUGGUGCGGUCCGGAGAGGCCCAGAGGAAGACGAGGCACUCUGGGAAGAAGAAGAAGAGGACGGCUGAACGGAGCUGCUGAAGGAGCCCAGAGACUGAAGAGGAGCCUGGGAGGGGGUCCAAACUGAGGUCCUGGCCCCUCGCUGGCCCUCUGUGCAACCUUAGAGACACUUUCUGUUUCUUCUUCUCCUACUUUAUUUAGGAAAAAACCCAAAUAAGUCCCGUGGUUUAUGUGGGAGGCAGCAGGCCUGGACACUUUCACUGGAUGGACUAAAACUAACAGCUUCCUUCAUUUCAGCAUCUGGAGGCUGACAUCUAGUCUGCGGUCGGACGGAAAACCGGGGAAUGCUUAACUCUGGCACGGUUUACAGAUGUGUUCCUUAGAGAACUCAGAGUUAGGCUUUUAACGGGUGAUGAGCAGUGGCGCCUCCAAAAAUAUUACAUAGGGGUGGCCAGAUGGAGCCACUUAAACUAUUGGGGUGGCACUGAAACUAAAAGCUGUAAUUUCA